AUGAAGAUGCUACGUGUUGUGAAGUUGUACGCAGAAAGAAACGGAAUUAUCGAUGAAGAUGCUACGUGUUGUGAAUUUGUAUGCACGGAGAGAUGGUCCACAGGAUAUGCUCAUCCAGUGUAUUCGUUCAACUACUCAGAUGAUAUGCAAAAUUAUCGUCAGAGGUUCAUCCGCGCUUGGGGCAUUAUUAAGAAGAAUGAUAGUAAGACUUUGGGGCGCAGGAACUCCAUCCCUUUGGAACCUUACCUCAAAUGGGUGCGAGCUCGAGCCCAAAGUCUUAUGAUGUCAUAUGAUUCCAUCUUACAAGUGAUCUUGGAACCUGUUGUUCAAGUGGGCGAGUCCCGUAUUAUUCUCCAUCCUGAUAUGCCAACAAACUUUAAAGAGUUGCAAAAGUCUUGGAUCCAGCUCAAGGAAGAACGGGAUACUUUUGAGGCUCAAUUAUAUGCAAGUGAGAAGAAGGUGCUGGAAUUAACAAAGCAGCUUCACGAAGAGAUGAACCUCAACACCUACCUCAACACCAAGAGGAAGCGCCCAUGGGGGACUUAG